AUGGCCCCGAAAGAGGACAUGCUGCCCCCUGGUUGGGAGGAUUUAGACAGGCAGAUGGGGCAGCUCUUCAUGAUGGGCUUUGACGGAACUUCGGUCAAUCCUGAAAUCCGUUCUCUGAUCGAGAAUUACCACCUGGGCUCGGUUUUGUUGACCGCUAAAAACUUGAAAUCUGCAGAAGAGGCAACGCGCUUAGUCCUGGAGCUCCAAACAAUUGCCCGAGAUGCCGGCCAUCGAGUUCCUCUUCUGAUCGCCCUAGACCAGGAAAAUGGCGGCGUGAACAGCUUGUACGAUGAAAUCUACAUUCGCCAGUUUCCUAGUGCAAUGGGCAUCGCAGCGACUGGAUCCAAGGCAUUGGCUCAUGAUGUCGCGUUCGCUACCGCUCAAGAGCUCAAGGCUGUUGGAGUCAAUUGGAUCCUUGGCCCCGUUCUGGAUGUGUUGACCAACGUACGAAAGCAGCCUCUGGGUGUCCGAACUAGUGGCGACGAUCCCCAGGAGGUGUCGCAAUAUGGCGUUGAAUUCAUGAAGGGUUACCAGGAAGCAGGGCUGGUCACAUGUGGCAAGCACUUUCCCUCUUACGGCAAUCUGGAAUUUCUGGGUUCUCAGACGGACGUCCCGAUCAUCACCGAGUCACUAGAACAGCUCAGCUUGACCGCAUUGGUCCCGUUCCGAAAUGCCAUCAUCCACGGUUUAGAUUCAAUGAUGGUCGGAGGCGUCUCCAUGUCAUCUGCGGGCGUAAAUGUCAUGCACGCUUGUUUGAGUGAACAAGUUGUUGACGAUUUGUUGCGGAAAGACCUGAAGUUCAACGGGGUAGUCGUUUCAGAAUGCCUCGAAAUGGAGGCGCUUACACACAAUAUCGGAGUUGGCGGGGGAACAGUAAUGGCAAAGAACGCAGGAUGUGAUAUCAUUCUCUUGUGCAGAUCCUUCCCAGUGCAGCAGGAGGCCAUCAAUGGACUGAAAGUAGGAGUUGAAAAUGGCAUCCUGGGCCGAGCUCGAAUAGAGCAAUCGCUGCGCAGGGUCUUGGCCAUGAAGGCGAGAUGCACCUCUUGGGAACAGGCUCUGAAUCCUCCGGGUCUGUCGUCUCUCACACAAAUGCAGCCAUCCCAUACUAGCUUGUCCAAGAGGGCAUAUAACAGUUCGAUUUCUGUUAUACGUGACAAGCAGAAUCUUCUUCCGCUCUCCAACAUUAUCGAGCCCAACGAGGAGCUGCUGCUGUUGACUCCUCUGGUGAAGCCGUUACCCGCGUCCGCAGUAUCUCGAUCAGUGACCGAGCAUGUCAAUCCUUCCCUUGACCCAAUCGCUUGGGAUCGAACCGCGUCUGUUCUGAGUGGGGAAAGUGUGUUCAAGGAACUGGGUCGAUCUCUCUCGCGUCAGAGAAGUGGGCGAGUCCUACAUACCUCUUAUACGGCUAACGGUGUUCGGCCUAUCCACGAGAACCUAAUAGACCGUGCUAGUGCCGUCAUCAUCGUCACGGCAGAUGCGAACCGGAAUAUGUAUCAGCACGGGUUUACGAAACAUGUAUCCUUGAUAUGUAGGUCUCAAUUCACUCCGUCCGGUGAGCCUCGAGAAAAGCCGGUGAUUGUCGUGGCUGCUAGUUCUCCUUACGACUUUGCCAUGGAUCCGACCAUUGGGACUUAUAUCUGCACAUAUGAUUUCACAGAGACUGCCUUGGAGGCGUUGGUCAAAGUCCUGUAUGGAGAACUUACCCCCAAAGGCUCAUUGCCGGGUUCUAUUAGCCGCAGCCAGAAGCUUCACCAAGCACGGCAGCACUGGCUCGUGGAGAGCUGGAAUGAGGAACGAGACGCAGAAGCUUUGGACGCUUUGCUUGACGCAGUCAGAGAUAAUUGUGCGCAAGGUCAGCGCUCCGAGUUGUUGGGUGCGUCAUCCAGCAGCUUCUUGCUGCGAAGAGAAGAAAUCGACGAGGCACAUUUCGUUGUCCGGAACAGUAGUACACAAGCUUUAUAUGGAUUCUGCUCGACCUAUUUCUUCAGGUCUACCGGUACUGGCGUUAUUGGGUCUCUGAUUGUGGAUCCUGCAAGACGGAAAUUGUCAAUUGGGACUUCCUUGCAUAAUCGUGCAAUUCGAACGCUCCUGCAGCGAAAGGGCAUGCGGCGAUUCCAAUUGGGAUCGCGUCUUCCAGGUAUAUUUCUGGGCGUCCCGUCAUCCAAUUCGGUCGAACGAAAAAGGUUACGACAGUGGUUCGCGAAUUUAGGCUGGAACACUGCCCUUUCGCGACCCGUUUGUAGUGUUGUGCUACGCAAUCUAUCAACAUGGGCACCGCCGGACGGUCUUAUUCAAGCAGUGAAGAAUACGGAUGUGGCCUAUGACCUGGUUUACGGGUGGGAUUAUGCUGAACCUGUCCUAGAUCAUGUCAGAACCCAUUCCCGACAGGGACUGAUCGACAUCUACAAGAUUGCCUUGGGGGGAGCACCCAACUGCGGGAUCAUCAGAGCAACGCGUCCAGAUGAUGGGGCAAUCCUGGGUACCGUGGUCAUAUAUAAUGGACGGGCCCCCUUAGCCGAAUAUAUGCCUGCCCUGAGAGCCACACGUACCUUGACUGGAGGUAUAUCGUCGCCGGUCAUCUCGCCAUCCGUUGGAGAGUAUGCUACCGUGAUGCAGGGCCUGGUUCUUUUGGGUAUCAAACAGAUCCGUAAACAAGGUGCAGAUGCGGUACUCAUGGACUGCGUCGAUGGCGACAGUAACUUCGAUUGUCUUUCCGGGAUGGGGUUCAGUAUGCUUCAUAGUUUUGAAGAAGUCAACUGUGAUGCGACGACUUGGACCCUGAUGCCAGCAUCGUAG